GAAUUUUCUUGCUAUAGCCGCGUUUGGUCAUACUUUUAUGGAAGUUUUGCCUCUGGUUCUUUUAAGUAUAUGUCACCCUAUCCCCAAAAGAUCAGCUUCUGUACCGGAAAUAUAAAAGGACGGGCUGAACGUCAGCGCGGCACCUGACAGAUAUGGACAAAUAUGGGGUAGUUCGCAAAAUUGGAGAAGGAGCGUUUGGAGAAGUGUUCUUAGUGAGAGCAAAGGAUGACAGCAACAACACGGAGUGUGUGGUGAAAGAGAUCAACAUGAGGAAGAUGUCAGCGAAGGAGAAGGAGGCCUCGCGGAAGGAAGUGACUCUGAUGGCAAAAAUGAAACACCCCAACAUCGUAACAUUUCUGAUGUCCUUUGAGGAGCGGUCCACUCUUUAUAUCGUGAUGGAGUACUGCAGUGGAGGAGACUUGAUGAAGAGGAUCAGGAUGCAGAGGGGCAUCCUGUUCACUGAGCGUCAGAUAGUGGACUGGUUUGUGCAGAUCUGCUUGGGACUGAAACACAUCCAUGACCGCAAGGUCUUACACAGGGACAUCAAAGCACAGAAUAUAUUCCUCACCGGCAAUGGGAUGAAAGCGAAGCUCGGCGACUUCGGAAUCGCAAGAAUGCUGAACAACACCAUGGAGAUGGCCAGGACGUGCGUGGGAACCCCCUAUUAUCUGUCUCCCGAGAUCUGCGAGGGGAGACCGUACAACAAUAAGACGGACAUCUGGUCUUUGGGUUGUGUUCUCUAUGAGCUCUGCACCCUCAAACACCCGUUUGAGGGCAGCAAUCUAAGGCAGCUGGUGAUGAAGAUCUGCAGGGGGCACUACCACCCCGUCGCGGCCCACUACUCCUACGAACUGCGGCUCCUCGUGACCCAGCUGUUCAAGGUCAGCCCCCGCGACCGGCCCUCGGUCAACUCCAUGCUCGGGAGACCCUUCCUGGAGAAGCACAUUGAGAAACACCUGGAUGCCCAGAUAAUCAAAGAUGAGUUCAGCCACAUUGUGUCUCAUAGAAAGAAGCUCCAGCCGGGACAGGUUCCAGAGGUGGUUCCAAAACCAAGGGCCAGAGAGAAGUCUGCUCCUCGCACCAAAGCUGGGACCCCCAUGAGGAAAGAACCCCUCAGACAAGUGUGGAAACCUGCAGCCUGUGUCGCCCAACCGGAGUAUAAAAAUGUAGUUUACCCAAAAGCUGCGGCGAUGGAGAAGCUACCAGCCAGGAUCUGUGGUCCGAAUGACCUCGACCGGUCGAACGUUCACGUGGUCGGCGAGGACGAGCAGCAUCGCGAGCUCUACCAGCGCUACCACGCCCAGCUCGAUGCCAUCCAGCGCCGGCGUCAGGAGGAGAGCCCUCCUCCCCCCCACGGUGCAGGUCCAGGGAAGGCCAGGGGUCACCAUGGUGACCAGCCCAACAUCACAGAACCGUAUCAGCUGGUGGCGGCUGCUAGGGAAGAGUAUCUGCAGAGGAGGCAGGAGGCCAGACAGUACAAACUGAGGGCUGAGAAGCAGCUGGGCCUGCGCCCCUCCUCCUCACACCAGCAGAGAGAUGCAGAGCCAGGACAGGGGGUGCCAGCUCUACCACGAAGCCAGUGCCGACGGCCCGGUCCGGUCAGGAAGCGGGAUGACCAGCAGGAGUACCUGACGCAGCUGCGGCGCAUCCGGGAGCAGUACCAUCGAGAGGUGCAGGAGAUGAGGAGGAGGGCCGCGGGGGAGCCCCAGGACGCAGCGAGGGAGCAGCCUUUGGCGGAGAGUCCUCCUGGUCCCGGGGGCGGAGCCCAGAGCCGGCGGAGCGACGGGAACGCGGCUGCUCAGAGAGGAAUCACGUUCGAGGUCCUGCUGGACGAGGAGAGCGCGCCCGGGGACCGAGAGGAGGAGGGCGCUCAGGACGAGAGAGGACAGGCGGAAGAGCAGGAGCGGGAGGAGGAGGAGAUGGAUCCGCUGAACCGGACGCUCACCUUCGAGGCCGGAGAGGAGCUCGGGCUGCGGGAACGGCCCCCUGCGGAGGCGGAGCUAGAGGCGCAGCGCAGGAAGAGGUGGAGCAAGAAGACGCCCCGGACCCUGCUGAACGCUCUCGCUGAAAUGGAGGUGUCCUCCGUCUGUCCCGGCACGUGCGGAUCCGAUCCGGGAGCAGAGGAUGGGGGGGCAGCGGGCCAGAGGAGGCUGUGGCGCAAAGACCCCCCCGAAACCCUCCUGCGGGCCCUCGCCGAGGCGACGCUCAGCAGCACGGGCACCCCCGCCCCCUCGGGAACCCUCCCGCCAAGCCAGCCGGACCCGGAUGCCGAGGACACCGAGGAGGAGGGAGGCUGCGAUGUAGAUGUGGAUGAAGAGCGACUGGAGCCACGGUCAGAUGACGAUGACACAAACUUUGAGGAAUCGGAGGACGAGCUGAGGGAAGAGGUGGCCGAGUCCAUGAGGAAGUACUUCUCCGUGGACGAGGCCUCCGGGGGGGGGGCGGAGGUCCCAGGCGGCCCGGACACCGAUGGGGGACCGGGGCUCGUCCCCGAGCCGAGGGAGCGGGAAGAGGGGGCCGCGGGGCCGCGCACGGCGCCCUCCAGCCAGGAGGUGCCGACCUCAGACCGCGAGGCCCCAAAGGCGGAGGCGGCGGAGACGGAGCGGACUGAGUCGGGACUGUGAGGACACGCAGGGGACCGAGAGGGAGACCUGCUGGGUGCUGGAAGGAGAUUUCGGUGCAGCGGCAGAUUAGCCCUGUUCAGUGUGCGUGUAAGACAGAGUAACUGUGACACAAGGACACACAUCCACGCACGCACACCGCUCCUUCCUCAAUCUGCCCGUCUGGAGUUGAGUACGUAGGAGAUCCUCAGAUGGACUCAAAUUCCUCACUCUUACCCUGGAUCCACACGCCAUAAACGGUUGUGGUUCUUUAGUGCCGAAUUUUGCUUUCGUUUCGACGCUCAAGGGUUGGAUCACAGAACCUGCUGGUUUCCUGUUCCAUUUCUAAUGUCAUUUUGUUCUUCUCUCUCCUUCCCUCCUGCGCUUCCUUUUUUUGUGCUGAUGGUUCGCUUCGUCGCCACCAGGGGGAGUAGAUGUGAACGUCACACUAAUGCUGCCACGAGCUUCUCCAUGUAAAAGGGCUGCGUGUUGACAGCGCCUGCGCCGUUUGGGCACGGGUUCGAAUCCAGCUUGGUCUGUGUGGAGUUUACAUGUUCUUCACAUGUUUCCAUGGGUUUCUGCUGUGGUCUAAAAAUGUGAAUUGGUGGCUCUGAAUUGCCUGUAGUGUGUGUGUGCUGUAGCUUCCUGGUCACCUGGGAUAGGCACUGGACCACCAUGACCCUGACUUGGACAAGCAAUUCUUAACAGUGAGUUAUUAAAAGCAACUUAAAGCUGCUGCCUUUUGACCAAAGGCUGCAGGUUUGAAUCCCACCUCCAGCUGUAGUACCUGAACAAGGUACUUACCCCAAUUUGCUCCUGUAAAAUUACCCAGCUGUAUCAAUGCGUACAUAAUUGUAAGAAAAGUUACCCUGAGGUGACAAAGCCAACAUGGAACACCUUUUUAUCCCAAGUUACACAGGUAUUUACAGUAGUUCUGCAGUGUCUGCACCAUAAAAAGUAAAUGGUCAAUAAGGUGUAUAAACCCUGUAUAUCUAAACCCUUAAAGGAUGUUGAAACAGUUAUGAUUUUUAGGACGUUUCAUUCCUGCCAUAAAGGACCCCCUGCAGUUCGCAGUCAGGCCCAUAGUGGUGUGAAAGAUACAAUCAUCUACAUCCUCCACAGGGCUUCUUGUCACAUGGAGAAAGGCAGUAGUACAGUGAGGGUUAUGGGCUGUCGGUACAACCCUGCCAUCCCAGCUGAGGGACAAGUCCUUCAGAAGGACCGUAGAUGCACCGGUGGAGCUCGUGGUUGAUUUUCGCCGUGUUCCAGAGCCCUUGCGCCUAAGGGUGCGUGGUGGAGGCUCUUCACUCGUGCUCCUGCCUGAAGGUCCAUAUCAACAAGAGCCUGGAUUGGUCUCAUAACACGGAUGUGCUGUAUCAGAAAGGACAGAGCAAGCUCUACUACGAAGCUCCUUUAAUCUACAUAGGAAAGUUCUUCACAUGUUCUACCAGGCCGUGGUCUUCAGUGUCUUUUAUGCUGAUGUAUGUUGGGGGGCAUCACAUCUGCAAAGGCCUUCCAUCCAUCCAUCCAUCCAUCCAUCCUUCCUUCCAUCCUUCCUUCGUCUGUGUUGCUAAUGGUUUCUGGCCAGCGGAUCUGCAGUAUUCUUGUAAGACAGGUGUUCAUAAAGGUUUGGACUUUUUUCAUGGUGGCCACUGUUGUUCUCCAGGUUUCAGCUCCAUACAGAAGAGCAGACUUGACAUUCGAGUUGAAAAUCCUGACCUUCGUGUAGAAUGCUACAUGUUUUGAUUUCCAGAUGUUCUUCAGCUGCAGGAAAGCCGUUCUUGCUUUGCAAAUUCUAGAUUUGACGUCUGGUUUUGUCCCACCCUCCUGCAAGCUCAUAAAGAAGGCCGGAUUUGUCAUGGCUUUGACCCCCAGCUCGAUGGAGGUAACGACCGAGGCAGGGAUGAGGAGGAAGCCAGUAGCCAUGAUGGACGUUGACUCACAUCCCCUUCAUGAAGUGAUCACCAUGAGCUCCUUUAGCCAGCAGAUUUUUCCCACUACAGUGUACAGAUGGUCCCCCAUUUACGAUGGUCCGACUUCUGUUUUUUUCGACUUUACGAUGGUGAGCUGGCGAUAGACAUUCAGUAGAAAUGGUACUUCAAAUUUUGGAUUUUGAUUUUUCCCCAGGUUAACAUCAUGCAGUACGAUACUCUCUCAUGAUGCUGGGCAGCGACAGCGAUCCG